CGUCAAUCCAACGUCACAUGAAGAAAAUUGUCAAUUCGGUGAACGCGAGAUGUUGUGAGUUUUCUGUGAUCUGGAGUUAAUUCGCGUUUCGUUCAAGGGCUUUCACAGCUGGCAGGCAUAAUAUCGUCCAGGUUAAGUGCAAGUCGUCAGCCCUCAGCGGUAUCAAACCCCGAUCCCUCACCAAAUCGCCCCAUUACAGCCCCCAUUCCAAGAUGAACCACCGCAUCAAAAUCGACGUGAUGAGACUAAUCGAGAACAAAUUCGACGUGACGACUUGCGACAACUACCGCAAUUUGGUGGUGAAAUUCAACGGCCCUCGGGGGACCCCCUACGAGGGCGGAGUGUGGCGCGUCCGCGUCCUCCUCCCCGAGAACUACCCCUUCAAGUCGCCGAGCGUCGGCUUCGACACCCAGAUUUUCCACCCCAACGUCGACCAGACCUCCGGGACCAUCUGUCUCGACGUGCUUAACCAGAAAUGGACGGCGCUCUACGACCUGGUGAUCAUCUUCGAGACGUUCCUGCCGCAGCUGCUCAAGAACCCCAACCCCGAGGACCCGCUCAACCAUUGCGCGGCCAUGGUGCUGACCAGAACGCCCGAAAGAUACAACUACCUGGUGGCCAAACACGUGCAGGAGUUCGCCAAUCCCGAGAGGAUGCGGCUGUGGGAGGAGCGAGAGGAAGGGGAGGAGCAGAAGGAGGAGGGACUGUCGGAUCUGUCCGACGAUGAGGAGACAGAUUAAGGGUGUAUUUGAGAAGUUAUUAAAAUUAUUUUUGUUUAGUAUUAUUUGUAUGAGGGGGGGCCAUGAGAGGUAUACCUUGUGUUCCUAUUAUUGUACUCUCAAUAAAGUUGGAUUUUACAUAAGAUUCAAAAGUAAUACAUUUCAAAAAAAAUAUGUUCAUUACGAAAGUUUUUUGCGACCAGACACAUAAAUAAAAACUACUAA